AUGGCACUCGGCAAGGUGGAGGAGGAGGUGCCCCCCUCCUCCACUCCCUUUACGUUCCACCUGUCUUCUCUUCUCCGUGGCGGGCUGGCGAUCCAGAAAGCAGCCGUCAGUCAUUACAAAUGGCGUGCCGGCCCCCUAAGUCACCGGAUCGGCGGCAGCUGCUCGACCCCCAGAGCUAUUUUCACCCUCAGGAUAAAGUGGUGUUCAGCGAGCCGCCCGCACGGCCGAGCAGCUCCAGUCACGCUGCAGCAGAGCCAGGAUGAAGUCCACCGGCAGCGAGUGCACCGUGCAGCCAGACUGCUUCACCUCAGACCUGGAGGACCUGGACAGCGCCAGCAACAGCUCCGACGGCGGCUGCACGCCGCGCAGGGAGCCGGGCAGGUGUCCAGAGGAGGAGCCCCGAAACGAAGAAGGAGACGGAGGAGGAGCAGCGGAGGAGACUCGCGUCUGCCCGGCGUGAGCAAACAGAGGCAGGCGGCCAACGCGCGGGAGCGGGACAGGACGCACAGCGUGAACACGGCCUUCACGGCGCUCCGCACGCUCAUCCCCACCGAGCCCGCCGACAGGAAACUCUCCAAGAUCGAGACACUGCGCCUGGCCUCCAGCUACAUCUCCCACCUGGCCAACGUGCUGCUGCUGGGGGAGGACUGCCUGGACGGACAGCCCUGCCUGCGCUACCAGAGCAUCCUGCACGGCCCCGCCGCCCUCAACGUACCCUCCCUGCGGCCCAUCUGCACCUUCUGCCUCAGCAACCAGAGGAAGCUGUGUGUUUGUUUUUGCCUCCACAGCUCAGAGAUGGAGCGAAACACUCAGCUGCUGUGUGAAACUUCUUGGCACCAGACAGGCGAGGAGUCCACCACCCCGUGGUGUUGUUUACAUGUAGGACUUUGUACAUAUAUGAAUAUAAAUAUCUUUAUUUUUGGACGAGACGAGAAAACUAAGGACAGAUUUAAACACUGAAAAGCACUUUCUGUUCACGCUCAUGUGCUUCUGGAGCCUCUGUGUUUUGGUUGAACUGUAACCUGAGCCGAUGUGUAAAGUAGCACCUGACGUGGGGCUAUUUUGGUCCCACCAAUAGUACAAACUACCCCUUGGACACCCCACCACCCUAUGUCUGACCUCUUAAAAAAAAACAACUAAACUAGUGGCUGCUGUCAGUUCAGUGUUACCUUGCGCUUUAAAGGGGCAUUAACUGAUGUGUUGCCUAUAGUAGUGAACAGUGGGAACUGCAAAAAUGCUCAUAUACAUGUGGAAAAAAAAACCCUGCAUGUCAAUAUCUCAGGACUUUAAUCCCCCAGAAGUACAACAGUCAGUGAAGAUGUUGAAAUUUACACACUGGAUUACACUGCUGUUUCCUUACUCCACUCUUCUUAUGUCUACCUGGUUAAUUUUUGAGCAUAUUUUUCGUAAAGUGAAAAUGUUGCAAGAAAACCUUAUAAUGAGUUGAUCCCAGCAUGCAAAGCACUCUGGAAAAUCCUUUUGUUCCUUCCCAAAUUCCCAAAUGCCACCAUUUUAACAGAUCACAUGGAGAAAGCCAUGUCUCCUAAAGGAAAAGUGGUCUGUUAUUCAUUUGAUAUUUUACAAUAAUAGACCAGAUUAUCUGAAUAGUAAUGAUCUGAGUAUGAGGAUGUGUAUCCCACCUCUGGUAGCUGGUAUAGAUUCCAGCCGCCCCACAACACUGAAUUGGAUGAGCGUACAAGAAUGUGUUUGUUUCGUCAACAAGCUGCCAUCAGCACCGGUGACUGACUGAUGGUGUUUGACAUCAGUAAUACCAGCUUUGGCCUAGAAGCUUUGUGAUGCCAAGCUUCUUUUUUUUUUUUGGCACUGAAAAGAAUUAUGAAUGUGGACUAAAGUCAGACUCUGCAGUUUGUUUUGCUGCCAUCUUUCCAGGACAAAGUACUUCCUUUGUGGGAUAAAAUAUCCCAUUAAACACAAGAGUGUCGUUUAGUUCUAUGGGAACUUAGUGAAGGAUCGGUUGAGUUAUUUUCAGCGUGCUUUGCAUGAUUUCACAAAAUUGGGAGGUCAAUUCCAGUUAAUCUGGAUACACUUAGAUACUGAAGGACAUUUAGCAUUAAAAUGGUUUCCUGAAAUAAGCAGUGUGUUCUUAAUUUGAAGGUCCAGUUGGAAACUUCCUGGUAACUGUAUGUGCGUCAGAAGUUAUGUUUUUGGCCUGAUUUCAAGAUAAAGUUCUUUGCGUAAAUGUUUACUUUUGCAUUGUUACACGGUUUCCUCAUCACUGUAAAAACACUGUGCGAUAGGCUUCCUUUUGCUCUAAAUUGUAGUGUAUUUAAUCCUUCUCAAUCAGCUGGAUCCAUCAAUUUUUAUUGUUCCAGCACUAAACUAUGACUGGGAGCUGUUGCACACUACCUCAUACCUGUGUUUUGAAAUAUGAAGGCCUACCUCCAAAUCCAAUGAGUAAGAAGUACUUGAAUACCUGACAACUUGUGUUCUUUGCACAUCGCACAUACUGAGAAGCUGCUCGAAGAGAAAAAUGUAUUUUUGUACAAUAAAAAUAAAAACAAUGAUAUCAA